GCGACAGGGGGCAGCAGAGAUACGCCGCCGGGUGCCAGUCGUCGCUUACGCCGCAGUCGCGCGCACGCCGCGUCUCAUCGUCGGAAGCGGCCGUCCUGGCGACUUCUACGAUGAUCUCAGCAGUGACAUGGGCAGCGAACAUGGUGACCUUGAUGAUAUGGGUGACUUCGUUGACCUCCGCCACGGUGUGAGUGAUCUUGGUGGUCUUAGCUUCAAUUUUGGCAAGCUGGACAACCUCGGCCGCGACUUAGACGGCCCCGGCGAGACGGGAGACCUCCGGACGCCGGCGGAGCGGCCCCGCACUAUGUCAGACCUGCUAGAGCUGUAUGCAGAGGCAGGGCCGCGGCGCACGAGCGCCAGAAGCGGCCGCUCAGGAUCCUCCGAACUGUUGCCGAGCGGCCGACCGGAAGCGGAACACCGGAAACGAUGGCGCCAGGGGAGCAUGGAGGUCCUGGUGGACGGGCUGAACAUGACAAAGUCGGAACGGAAGCGGUUGGAGAAGCUCAGCAAGAUCAAUAUCCAUCUGCACGCGUUGUACGCGGCCGUGGAGCACAACCAGCUGGAGAAGGUGCGGGCCAUCCUGAAGACGACGGACGUGGACGUCAACAGCGUCAACGGCGACGGCUUCUCCCUGCUGGACAUCGCCGUCAUGACCAACAACCAGGCGAUCGCCCGUCUCCUGCUCACCUGCGGCGCCAGGGAGAGCUCGCAGUUCCUCUCGGCGCCCCUCCUCUCGCAGGAGCUGGUGCGGAAGGCCCAGAAGAGGGUCGACACGCUCGCCAGCUAUCUCACCACCGCCAACGGCGGCUACACCAAGGAGAGUGAGAAGCAGAAGGCGCUCUGGGAGCGCCGCCUCAAGCUGCUCAACCGCAUGAAGGUCGGCUUCGACCAAACACGUCCGCCGGAGCCACCGGGCCGCGUGACGGCCGAAGUCACCGGACCGCAGGAGGCGCGCCUCAGGCUGGAGGAGCCCGACUGCCAGCACCAGGCCAUCUGCACCAAGUACAAAGUUCAGUGGUCGACGUGGGCCGACUUCAGCUCGGUGGACGGCGAGUGUGAUGUCACGGACCUGGUGCCGCCGCCGGAGCUGCCCGUGCGCCAGCUGACGCAGGGACAGCGGUACUACUUCCGCGCCGCCGCCGGGAACUUCUGCGGCUGGAGCCGCUUCGUCACGUCCACCCCGGCUGGCGUGCGGCCUUCAGUGUGGCGGGACGUGGACCAGCGGCUGUCCCGGCUCAACGGCAAGGUCGCGGCCCUGGAUCGGCUCUUCACGCAGAUCCGCACCUCGCGGCCCCAGUACGCCAGCGACCUCCGCAACCUGGACGGCGACCGUGGCUCGCCCAUGGCGCGCAAGAACGUCAAGAAGAAGAGUAUCAAGAACCUGUUUCAGACGGCUGUCAAGUUCCAGAAGCACUUGCGGAGUGGCGUGUACCUGGCCAGCGUCAUCUACCACGAGGACCGCGUCGCCAUGACAGCGGAGGACUUUCUACCGAUUCUGGAAGUGGACGAGUCGUAUCCGAGCUCCAUCCACGCCGACUUUCACUGGCUGAUGAAGGUGGCGUGCACGUGGGACGACGUCCGCUCGCUGCGUCAGGACAUGGAGCGCUCGCUCAGCUCGUCUUCAGUCCACUUCCGCAUCAAGCUGCUGGCGGCGGCCGAACAGCUGCAGGUGGCGCUCGGCGUGCAGGAUCUGGGUCAGCUGUACUACAAGCCGCUGCGAGACUGCCACGGCGCGCUCGUGUUCGUCGUCAUCAGCCACAUGAGGUCGGGAAAGCUGCCGUCGGCGUCCGUCAGGUGGCAGCAGGUGAGCAAGCUGCAGCGGAAGGUGUCCACCUCGGAUGAGGAGCCAGCGGUCGGCGAGAAACUCUUCGCCGAGAUCAAGGACAUCAUCACCUACCACAUGGUGUCUUCGGUGGGCACGUCGCGCGGUUUGUACCUGGGCUACCUGCAGUGUCAGACGUCGGUGGACCUGAUCCGGGUCAGCGUGGCGCGCGACAAGCCCAACGUGCUGCCGCACGUGCGCGUGCGCGACAACGCGCACGUUAGCGGGGAGGAGUGGGCGUGGCUGCAGGAGUUCGGCACCCGCCGCGAGCUGACCGAGGAAGAGCAGGUGGACGGAGGUCAGGUGGUGACCCCGAGGUCACGGUUCCGGGCGCAGGUCGAAACAGCCGUGCGCCGCCUCCUCAAACUCAUGGACGUGCCCGUGGAAGAGGCGGCCAAUCACAGGCUGUACAACGUGGAGGUGCUGGAGCUGAACAGCACCACCAGCUUCCUGCUGUUGAUCCCGGCGGCCGACCAGGUGUGCUCCAUCCACCAGGCGGAGGAGCUCGCCGCGCCCAACGACUGCCUCCGGCUGCCCGUGCAGAUUUUCGAGAUGGUGCAUAUGAUGACGUACCAGCGGUCGUUCGUCAGUCGCUACAGCCGGAUCAGUUCGAUCCUCGAGACGGACACAAUCAUGGCGCAGCACGCGCACCGGGAGGCGUUCAGCGACUCCGAGAUCAGCGAGGCGCGCGGCCGGCUGGCGCAGCUGCAGACGUUCCAGACGGAGCUGGAGGCUGUGUGGCGCACGUCGCGUUGGCUGACCGACGCCAUCGCGUGGGCGCGAGAUAAGUCUCAGGACGGCUGUCCCCUGUCGUUGGCGGCCCUCCGCUCCUGGGACGGUCGUGACGUCAGCGUGUCUCCGGUCCGAGACGCCAAGCGGCUGCGCAAGGACAACGCGCUGCCGCCGCCCAGCCCCGCCGAGUUCCGCAGGUCCAGCUCGCAGCGGCUGCUGAAGCCGCGGCCCGAGUUCCAGAAGUCGCGAACCUCCGAGUGUCUGCUGAAGCCACGUGGCGCCGGCGACGAGGCGCGCGCGCUGCUCGGCUGCGAGGACUCGAGCAGCGAGGACUCGCUGUCGCGACCGCCGGCGGCGGGCAGCCUGGCGUCGUCGGCGCGCAGUCUGUCCUCCAACGACACGGAGACGGACACGGUAAGCGCGGACGAGGCGGACGAGUCGGCAGCGGCGGCGGCGCCGGGCGAGCUGCAGGUGUUUGCCGCCUACGAGACGGGCCUGGCGGCCGGCACCUCUGUGCGGCUGCACGUGACGCCGCGCACUAGCGCGCGCGAGGUGGUGGACCUAGUGGUAAAGCAGCUCAACAUGGCCGUCGUGCUGAAGGGCCGCCAGGGCCCCGUGUACGCGGCCGACCAGCUGCGCGCCUUCUGUCUGGUGGCUGUGAUCGGCGCCCGAGAGCGCUGCCUGCGAGACGACUUCCGGCCGCUCCAGCUGCAGAACCCAUGGCGGCGCGGCAAGCUGUUUGUGCGCCGGCGCGCCGACGUGCUCGCCGCCAUCCAGCAGAACGCUACACGCGGCGCGCCGCUCGUCUGAACAGUGACGUCAUGCCGCGACGACCCGUGACGUCAUACUCAACCUGCUGUGAUCGGCGAUCGGAGGAUUCUGCGGGGGGCGCCGCCGCCGUCUUGCGGAUUGCCGGCUGGAGGAUUUGCGAUUGUGUCAACAUCCCGGGUGUAUUUGUCGCUGCGGUGCACUUGUGCUGCCAUCUGUGGGGCGCGCAAUGAUACUGCGCUUACCAAUCGAGAUUAGCGAUGUCGUGUUGUGUGCGCAUCCACGACAUAAGCGCUUUAUUGCGUAUAUUUAUCUGUGUGUCGACGCUGCAGCCCAUAAGUUAUGUGCGGCGUUGGAGGCGUAGGAAAAUAAACCGGGACAGGCAGAGAAAUGUUUGUCUCCUCGCCAACAAAGAUAUUAUCCUGGUUGUGCCAGCUGGGGCGGCG